AUCAGAAGCCCUGAAAAAGUGGCUGAAAAGUCUCAAGUCGGUGACCUGCGAUAUGGAGAAUGUGCUGGGUGAGUUUGCGUAUGAAGCUCUUCGAAAGAAGUUGGAGGUCGGAAACCGGAAGAGGGACAAGGUUUGGGAAGGGUGUACAGACCCUGUUCGACCAUAGUGGUACAUCAGAAUGCGGAAAAUAUUGAUACUCUAAUUGAAAAUGUGCUGGAAAAGACCAGCAAGUUCCUAAGACAUCUGGUAAUAGCGGAAUUCAAGGAGUUGUGUUAUUUACCAUAGCAACUACUAAACCUAGCUUCCCUUGAGCUUUUAACAAUAAGACUGUGCCCUAAUCUGAUGUACAUAGGCGAAGAAACAGGAGCGGAAUUCAACAGCUGCUUAAGGUCCCUUCGAGAGCUUUCAGUUGAAUCGUGCUAUGAGUUGAGAUGCUUGCCAAAGGGGUUGCUACGACCAACCCUUUUAAGAUUACAAAUAUGUUGGUGUUCCAAUUUAACGGAGGCUAACCCAGAUGAAUUGCGCAACCUCAUGUCCCUUCAGGAGCUGAAAUUGAGAAGGUGUAACUCACGAUGGGAGAGGUGUUGGGAGGAGGCACAAUUCUGUUUGACCUGCUUUUCAACGUUGAUUAUAGGUCCCUUCUCAGAGGAGCUUGAUUAUUUCCCCUGGCCAGAGGUUGAGAUGGUCAAAACUCAAGACCCGCAACAUUACCCAUUCAUGUUCCUAGAAUCUCUAUCUUUAGAGGGAUGGCCAAAGCUCAAGUUCCUUCCCGAUCAACUUCGGCACCUCACUUCCUUACGAAAGCUGGAAAUUAGUGAUUUCAAUGGGUUGGAAGCUCUACCAGAGUGGUUGGGUAACUUUUCAUCUCUUGAAUCAUUGACGCUCAGGUUGUGCAUGAAUCUGACGAGGUUGCCCUCACUGGAAACAUUUCGACUUCUCAAGAAUUUACAAUCUCUGGCUAUAUUCCGUUGUCCACUUCUAAAGAAAAGAUGUGAAGAAGAAAGGGGAGAAGAGUUGUCGAAGAUUGCCCAUAUUCCAUCGCUUGAAAUACGCGAAUGUUUGGGAUGCAAUAUGCUAGAUAUGUGGAAUUCACGGCAUCAUUUAGGUUCUCAAAAGUCUCAUUCAAAAAAGUUCACGAAGUUUUUCUUUAGCCCUGAAUUUUGUGCAGAUUUGGUUGAAAUUUUUUAGCACUUUGUCCUUUCUGCCUAACUAUUUGCCCAGAGAUGAUAGUCUUGCAACGUCAGCGGUUGUUUGCUCAGCUGGAAGUUGAUCGGAAACGAGUUUUGUAAAGGUGGCUUAAAGUGAAGGUUUUGGUCCAGGACUUCAAUGUCUAACCUCCCACUAAUGGGGCAAGUGAUCGAAUAGCAUUACAGCUGACUCUGGACAAUCAAAUUUGGAUCUGAUUACGGUGCUUGACUCUGGAUAGUCAAUCACGCUGUUUGCCUUGCCACAGAAAAAUCCUUUAGUUGCUGUCCUUCAUUGGUUUUCAUGGUUUGCUUUGUCUAGUACAAGCACUACAUUUACUCUUCUCGAUAGCUCUAUGCUGGAUCAAAAGAAAACUUUAAGCUUCUCCUA